UGACACUGCAAAAUGGCGCUGGAGUCACUGAAAGCGCGCCAAAGGACUGACUACAGCUUCGAGCUCGAGUACAGGACGCGAUGGAGCGACAAUGACAUGUACCACCAUCUAAACAACAGCAUCUACUACUUCCUCUUUGACUCGGUGGUAAAUGCCUAUCUCAUCGAGCAUUGCUCCCUCGACCCGCCCACGUCGUCCCACAUCGGCCUCGUCGUGCACUCCCACUGCGACUACUUUGCCCCCAUCGAGUUUCCGGCCGUAGUGGACCUCGCGUUAAGGGUUAACAAGCUGGGCAAGAGCUCUGUCACGUAUGAGAUUGGCGUUUUCGUGAGAGGCCAAGACGAAGUCAAGGCAGUCGGCGAGUUUAUUCACGUGUUCGUCGACCGCGAAAGUCGGCGCCCUGGGAAGGCUGGCAUGUCGGAAGACCUGAAGACGGGGCUGCAGAAGAUUGUAGUAGACAAGGCGAGUCUGUAAUAACGAAACAUGUCGAGGAACUCUGAUACUUGAACCGUCGAUUGUCUACUCGUAGCAUGUCACGGCCAAGCUGUGCGGUGAUGCCACGACUUGCCCGACGUUGUGAUUGUGAAG